AAAAAAUUUAAAAGAGUGAUAUCAUUUAUUUAUUUUGUAGCAUAUUAUUAAUUGCAUAAGGUCUCUCACAAUGAAUUUGUGGUCUCUUUUUCUUGUGAUCCAGUCGAUAGGUUUUACUUCUAUUUUAGCACAAGGCGGAGAUAGAUCAACGCCUUGCUCGACUCCUGAACGUAGGCAGGGUGCGUGCGUCAACAUCAGGCGUUGUGUUCCCUUGAUCAGAGUUCUUCAGGCUGCUGCCAGGCAACCAGAAGCCGCCGUCUAUUUGAGAAACAGCGUUUGCGGGUAUGAGGGGUCCGACCCAAAGGUCUGCUGCGCUCUAGUUGCAACACCAACUACUAGCAAGCCCGCACCAAUAACAAAAGGUUUAUUAACUAAAGAAAAUGGCUGUGGAUUCAGUAAUGCAACUCAUCCGAAAGUGGUUGGUGGUACGCCUGCUGAAUUGAAUUCUUGGCCAUGGUUAGCAGUUUUAGGCUACAGAAGAGGAGAUGGUACUUACCGUUGGCUAUGUGGAGGAACAUUGGUUUCUGACAGACACAUCGUGACGGCAGCGCAUUGCGUUUUUGGACGAGACGAUCUGGAAAUGGUGCGUCUUGGAGAAUUGGACUUAGCUUCCACAAAUGAUGGUGCACAUCCAAUAGAUAUUCCGAUAGCAGAGAAAAUCAUGCACGAACAAUAUAACAGAAAGUCUUCUACAAAUGAUAUUGCUGUUUUAACAUUGCGCAGCCCUGUUACAUUUUCUGAAUCUAUAAAACCAAUAUGUCUACCAACACCAAGUGAUGUUAGAAAUGAUGUCUAUGUUCGCAAAUUUCCAUUUGUUGCUGGAUGGGGAGCCUUACGAUUUGGUGGGCCUUCAGCUACUAAACUUCAAGAACUUCAAAUACCAGUGGUGACCAAUGAACAGUGCAAAGAAAACUACGCGAGCUUUAAAGCUCAGAUUAUCGAUGAACGGGUUUUGUGCGCUGGAUACGCCAAUGGUGGCAAAGAUGCUUGCCAGGGCGACAGCGGUGGGCCACUUAUGUUGCCAGUGAUCAAUGAUAACCGGGACGGAUACCAUUAUUACCUGAUAGGUGUGGUUUCUUACGGAUUCAAAUGUGCUGAACCAGGAUUUCCUGGAGUCUAUACCAGAGUGUCACAGUUUUUGCCAUGGAUAGAAUCAAAGUUGCUUUAA